AUGAACAAUCUCAAGCGCUGUUGGGAUCCUGUCCAGGAUGUAGCAAUGGACAGUUUCACUCCCUGCAAAAAAGCCCCUAAGUUAACACCACCAGACCACGUCGAUUACCUAGAAAUUCCCUCAGAGACGGACCAUGCUCCCCUGACUCCUGAAGGUUGUGUUCAGAAUAACGAGGUGGUUUGCUAUGGCGCGUUGUAUGAGGGUCGAGUCUCCCGCCGCGGAAAAAAGAUACUCUUCCAGAAGUUCUGCCGAUCGGCCGGUUCCUUGGAACGCUUCUUAGUUUUACGGAAGCAUGAAGGUUGUUUUAUAAUCCAGGACCAGGCCCUGAAUCAAUUCGCUGUUCUGGAUACGGUCACCGCUGCUGCACUUGAUGGCUUGGAAGGACUCGAAAAUAUAAUCUUUCAAGCGGUCCCGCAACCACUCAUAGGGAAUCAACCCAGCACAGGCGAGACUAUUAACGUCUCGAUCAAUAUAUACGGUCCCAUGCGACAUUAUCGGGAAGUUGGUUCUCGGCUUUCCAAACUAAAAUACAACCUUCAGCAUCCGGAUGCGAUCGAUUCUGGGGUCCGAUAUGACAACCCUCAAUAUUUCAAGCGCUCAUUCACGCAUCUAGACAUGCAUCAAUUUAUCAGACCAGUUUAUCAUGUGAAGAGAAGUCUGCAAUCAGUUUCUUCAGAGGUGGAAAGACUUCUGGACACGCUUGACGCUGUUGUCCCGGAGAGUGAUAUCCCAGCCACAGAGAAACUUCUGACACCUCUUCUCGACGGUCUCCUAAUUCACUUAAGCGACCUUCCAAGUGACCGGUCCAAGCAGUCAACUGGUGGCAUAAUAGCGGAUACUAUGGGCCUGGGAAAGACUCUCACAAUGUUAAGUGCCAUUGUGCUUUCCCUGGAGAAGGCUACCGAUUUCAUGCAAUAUACCGGCCGCUGCUUGGAAGGCGAUCACUGUGCGAUUCCGACUAAGACCACACUCGUCAUUGUACCCUCGACACGUAUUAUCAAAGAACUCUUUGAUGUCUGGAUAUCAGAAAUGGAGCGUCAUAUUGCCCCUAAUUCAAUGCACCUAUCGAUAUUCCAUGGGCACCAGAAAAAACUCGAUGUGAAGGAGUAUCUAGCAUCGGAUGUUGUGUUAACCACAUACGCGACACUGGCAAGCGAUUCUCACUGGAUUCGAACACCCGCUAGCAAGCAGUUCCGUGCAGUCACACAACUGCAAGCGUGUCAUCGAUGGUGUCUGACAGGCACGCCAAUCCAGAACAAACUCGAGGACCUCGGUUCUCUCGUGUCCUUUCUCAGGAUUCCCCCGUUUGAAAUUAGAUCUCAGGCAAAAUUUAAGGAGUACAUUAUUGAUCCGUUAUUUUCAGGUGGGAAUGACCCAAGCCAGAAUCUGCGACUGCUUCUCCGAUCCUUGUGUCUGAGGAGAACCAAGCAAGGCGGCCACAGCAUAACAGUGAAUACAGUGGUGGUAAAACUCUUAUUGUCCGCAGCGGAAAGAACUGCAUAUGAUGAGAUCCUGAAUGAAACAAAGCAUGAGAUGGAUACCCUCGUCAGCUCGAAUCUUGGAGCGCGCAAGUAUACCAAAUUGUUCACGGCCAUGCAUCGACUUCGCGUGUUAUGUGUCCAAGGCACUGCUUGUCGAAGCUGGAACUCUCGUUCAUGCUCUCCUACUCGGCCGUCUGGAAUUAAAAACUCCGAACCACGCUGCGAAAUAUGUGACGAUGAGUUCACCACGUCGUUCAAGGCUGAGUGUCUGUUCUGUCCGGGUUGCUCUCGCCUCCUUUCCGAUAUUGUUUUCUCCGCAUGGACAAAAACACUUGACAUUCUGUGCAUGAAAAUGGAAGAGUUGGGGCUAAACUACGUGCGUAUCGAUGGUGAUGUGAGUAGAUUAGAUCGAACUCGGCGCCUCCACGACUUCCGAACCUCGUCAUUAAUCACGAUUCUACUCAUGACAUACGGCACAGGCGCAGUGGGGUUGAAUCUUACCGCCGCAAAUCGGAUCCAUAUCCUUGAACCACAAUGGAACCCUUCGGUUGAAGAGCAGGCUAUCGGCAGAGCUGUUCGGCUCGGCCAGUCAAGGGAGGUGACGGUAGUGAAAUAUGUAGCCCAGCGCACUGUGGAAGAGGUGUUACAAAUUCAAGUCAUGGCAUAA